ACUUAGCUUUUAAUAUCGUUCUCAUUUCAACUCGCAGAUGCUUUCACAUGGACACUCUCCUGCCACAUAUUCCAGCUUCACCGUCGCUUCUUCUUCCUCUACUAACCCUAUAAUCGCAACAAUGGCUUCCUGGCUGCAGAUCCCCAAAAGCUCGCCUUUCUCAUUGGCCAAUAUUCCGUUUGGAAUUAUCUCCUCUGCGAAAGGUACCUCCCGUGUGGCAGCGACCGCAAUCGGCGACUAUGCCUUGGACUUGAGCACCUUUGCUUCAGCCGGGGGUUUUGCGCAACUCCCCGCCAUCCAGCCACAUCUCAGUGUUUUCAACCAGCCCACCCUGAACGCAUUCGCAGCUCUAGGUAGGCCUGUGCACCGCCAAGUUCGCGAAUACAUCCAGAGUGUUUUCCGCGCGGACACCCCAUUCCCCCAAGUGCUCAAGGAUAAUGCCUCCCUACAGAAGGAGGCCCUCUUACCCUUAUCGGAGGUGACCAACCAUGUACCGAUGCAGAUUGGCGACUACACGGAUUUCUAUGCCGGCCUGAACCAUGCGUACAACGUCGGGGUUCUGUUCCGUGGCCCAGACAAUGCUCUGCAGCCCAACUACAAGCACCUUCCCGUCGCAUACCACAGUCGCGCCUCGUCUGUCGUGACUUCAGGCACGCCUAUCCACCGUCCGAACGGCCAGAUUUUGGCCAACCCGGCCGCUACACCUAAGCUCCCCACCUUCUCUCCAUGUAAGAAACUGGAUAUUGAGCUCGAACUGGCUGCGUUCGUCAGCACGCCCAACGAUCUGGGCAAGCCUGUAUCCAUCAACGAAGCCGAAGACCAUAUCUUCGGAGUGGUGCUCAUGAACGACUGGUCGGCUCGUGAUAUCCAGGCCUGGGAAUACGUUCCCCUGGGCCCAUUCAACGCAAAGAACUUCGCCACGACAAUCACCCCGUGGGUAGUCAUGCUGGAUGCAUUGGAACCCUUCCGCACCACAGGUCUAGAGCCCGGCGACCGGGAUUCCCUGCUCCCAUAUCUGCGUGAGAAGCGUGCCGCCAACGUUUACGACAUCCCCCUCGAAGUGGAAAUAACCAACGCAGGAGGAAAGCCAACCCUCGUGUCGAAGUCCAACGCAAAGAACCUCCUGUACUCGUUCCCCCAGAUGUUGGCCCACCAUACCAUCACAGGCUGCAACAUGAACCCUGGCGACCUGCUAGGAAGCGGAACCAUCUCCGGCACCGAGUCCGGCACCGAGGGAAGUCUCCUCGAGCAAACGAAUGGAAAGAACCCGCUCAAGCUAGCCGACGGCUCCGACCGCCUGUUCCUGGAAGACGGUGACACGAUCGUCCUGCGCGGAAAGGCCGGCACAGAAGGAAACUAUGUCGGCUUCGGAGACUGCACCGGAACCAUUCUCCCAGCCAUCAAGCUGGACUUCUAAGCUCUAAGCUCUAGUCCGUUGCACUAAUUUUACCUGUUUAUAUCAUCACACUCCUUCCCCCCCC